AUGCGCUUGACGCUAUUGGAGCCAGGUGUUGGAGCUUGCGCAGGCUGCGCACCUCAGGCCGAAGGCUCGAUCCAGCAACCCCGCCUGCAGCAGCGUUCUUCGGCGGGCCGCUCAGGCGGACAGCCCCCCCCGCCCGUCGCAGGGCCCGCGGCGCACAGGCCGCGCACGCGCAGCACCCGCGUUCUACACCACGCGGCGCAAGGUGCGGAGGCGGGGUCUCAGGGAUCCUCGUCCACUGGCCACACGAAGAGCUCCAUGCCUCCCAGGUGGAAUCAGAGCAGCUGGGGCCGGAGAGCUCAGUAG